CAAAUUAAACCCCUUUUCCCCGCCGCGGUCCGGCUCUUCGUUGAACCUCCCCGCGGAGACCCGACGCCCCGCCACGCUAACCGGAUGGCUUCCCACGCGAAACGACCUAAGAUCGGUGACGGUCCAGAGAUGAAUCCGCUGCCGGACUUCCUGCAGUGGUGCAAAACAGUCGGCUUGGUUCUCUGCGACAAGGUGCGCGUGAGCAAAGAGGGAACCGUGGCAGAGUUUGGGAUGCUGGCCACGGACAACAUUGAGGAGGGAGAGGUUUUAUUCACCGUCCCCAGAUCGGCGCUCCUCCACCAGGACACCACCGAGGUCUCCGUCCUGCUGGAGAAAGAGAGGUCCUCCCUGCAGAGCCCGUCCGGCUGGGUCCCCCUGCUGCUGGCUCUGCUCUACGAAUACACGUCCCCGCAGUCCCGUUGGAGACCUUACCUCUCUCUGUGGACAGACUUCAAAACACUGGACCACCCCAUGUUCUGGUCUAAGGAGGAGAGACACCGACUGUUGAGGGCAACGGGUGUUCCGGAGGCUGUGGACGCCGACCUGGCUAACAUUCAGAGGGAAUACACGGACGUGGUCCUUCCCUUCGUCGCCAAGCACCCCGACCUGUGGGACGCUGACACUCACACGCUGGAGCUGUACACCCAGCUGGUGGCCUUCGUCAUGGCCUACAGUUUCCAAGAGCCAGACGAAGAGGAGGGUAGUGAAGACGAGGACGAGGAGGAGGACGAGGAGGAGGAGGAGGAAAAGGCUCCAAACCCACCGAUGAUGGUUCCCAUGGCCGACAUGCUUAACCAUGUGUCCAAUCACAAUGCAAAUCUGGAGUUUACACCGGACAGUCUGAAGAUGGUUUGCGUGCGGCCGAUACGCAGAGGCGAAGAAGUGUUCAACACCUACGGGCAGAUGGCCAACUGGCAGCUGCUGCACAUGUACGGCUUCACGGAGCCUCACCGGGACAACCGCGACGACACCGCCGACAUCCCCGUCGGCAACUUCUGCAAGGUCGCCGCACAAGGUCGAGAGUUGACGAAACUGCAGCGCGACGAGAGACAGCGGAAACAAAACAAAAGUGUCCAGUCCGGACUGGAACAGCAGCUGGUGGAGGAGAAGCAGGAGGUGCUGUGUCAGGUGAUGCGAGGGAAGGAAGCCUUCGUCUUUGGGAAACAGGGCUGCCUUACAGACUUCGAGCUACACAGUGCGCUCAAGGUGCUGUGCAUGUCAGAGGAGGAGUUCUCCGAGUUUAAGGACAAUGAAGGGUGGGAGGAAGAUGAGGACGAGGACAUUUCCCUUUCCUUCUCUAACGAGGGUCUCUCCGGAUUGAAGGCUUCGUGGAAGUGGCUCAUCCACGGGGCCGCACGUCUGACUCUGCGGUCCUACGGGGAAGAGGCGCCGGGCGGGAAGAGCGACCAGGAGCUGAUGGAGGACAGGGUGGCGUUUGCAGGACUGAGCAGCAGGCGGCGGAACGCCCUGCAGGUGCGCUGUGGGCAGAAGAGCAUCCUGCACAGACUGAUGGAGCUCACUGGCUCGUGACUCCGGCUCCGCAGCACUUUUUAAAUCUGAAUGCUUGAAACCAAAAUGUUUAGAAUCACUGGCAAUAAAUGUUUUUUUUCCUCAA